AUGCUCGAUUAAAAUAAUGGAAAAAAAAUGAAGGCUCUUGAAGAUUAUAACACAGCAAUUGUAUUAGAUUCUAAUAUUGCUUAAAUUUACAGUUCAAGAGGUAAUUAGGGUUAAGGUUAUUAUAGCAUUAUUGCAUUUAAGCUUAGAAAAUAAAGAUUAAGCCAUAAUCGAUCAUAACACAGCUAUUAAUUGGAUCCUAAAGAUGCUAGAGGUAAUUAAGAUGUUGAACUAAAUAGGAUUGUUUUAUAGAUAUAUGAAGAAAUUUGAUUUAGCAUUUAAAGAUUAUACUAAAACAAUUGAAUUGAACUCAAAUGAUGCUAAAACUUAUAAAAAAGAGGUAAUUUUAAUUAUAAUUAAAAAAGCAAAUUUGUUUAAAGUAAAUGGCUAAUAUGACAAGGCCUUUUAAGAUUGUAUUUAAGCACUUAAAUUAGAAUUAGACAAUCCACUUAUAAUGGUGA